CCACUGUGCACUCCAUGUCUCAGUCACUUCGCUUCUCCCCUUUUUAGGCCAAACAACACCUCCUCCGCCACCCUGCUCUCCCCCUAAAAAUAGAAGCAUCAGCAUGCGAUUCCCCACACCAUCGAACAGACGAUGAAGCUGCAGCUGCUCUCCCAGCAACUUCCCAGACACCAGAUGGGCCUAUGAGAUCGGAGAGCCUACUGCUGCUGCGCUGCAGCUGUUGCUACCAGUCUACUACCACCGCCACCACUGCUGAUCGAGUUUUUCAUCUUCAAGUAGCCAACUAAUUUCUGAUUAUUUCACUUAAGAGUUCUGCAACCACCGACCAAAGAUCAGGUGCCCACCGACGAGAGAAGGCCGGAAGGAAGAACGAGCUGAUCCAUGGACCUGUCGCCGAACCCCGACAGCCCUCCGUCGGGAGGGGGCAACGGCGGCGGCGGUGGGUCGAGCAGCAGCAACUCGUCGCCGUCCAUGGGCGCGGGGGCGCCGCAGUCGCCGAGCCGGUACGAGGCGCAGAAGCGGCGCGACUGGAACACGUUCGGGCAGUACCUGCGGAACCACCGGCCGCCGCUGAGCCUCGCGCAGUGCAGCGGCGCGCACGUCCUGGAGUUCCUCCGCUACCUGGACCAGUUCGGCAAGACCAAGGUGCACACCGCGGCGUGCCCCUUCUUCGGCCACCCGAGCCCGCCGGCGCCGUGCCCCUGCCCGCUCCGCCAGGCCUGGGGCAGCCUCGACGCCCUCGUCGGCCGCCUCCGCGCCGCCUUCGAGGAGAACGGCGGCCGCCCGGAGUCCAACCCCUUCGCCGCGCGCGCCGUCCGCCUCUACCUCCGCGAGGUCCGCGAGCACCAGGCGCGCGCCCGCGGCGUCAGCUACGAGAAGAAGAAGCGCAAGAAGCCGCAGCAGCAGCAGCUGCAGGGCGGCGACAGCAGUGGCCUUCACGGCCACCAGCAUCACCCGCCGCCUCCACCGCCUGCCGGCGCCGCCUGCUGAGAGCGGGCGACCGAGCCGGCCGGCCGAUCUACCUACGCUACGCUCUCCUAUUUGGUCGGUAUGCCAGAUCGAGCACAUAUAUUUUAUGUGCACUAUAAGUUCGCGUAUGCAUGCAUGUGCAUGGUAAUGGGUUUUAAUUAUUUGUGCUGCUAAUUGUUCACGAACUCUGUCGUCGGAAGUACCAGUAGAAGGUGCUUCGUUCGUACUGCAUUAUAUCGAUCGCCUGUGUUUCUAUGAGCUUUCCAGCUUCAAUUCGGUUUGUUGACGGUUAAUUUGCUUGUGGGAGUAGUAGUGAGUGAAUGAUUGUUGUACUUUGAA